AUGGCUCUUGAGUCGGUUUCGAAGCAGAAGGAGGUUAUACUCGGUGACGGUGAUACCGUAGAACCAGAUGCUUCUCGCAAUACUUCCGUUCAAAAGCUGAAGCGCAACUUUUCGUCAACCGCGAUCCUGGCGACCUCUGUUUCGUUGAUGGCGACAUGGGAAGCUCUUUGCAGUACGAUGUCUACUGGUCUGAUCAAUGGUGGGCCAUCCUCGUUGGUUUAUGGGGCGAUCAUUGCCUUCGUGGGGUCGACAUGCUCAGCGAUGUCUCUUGCUGAAUUGGCGUCGAUCCACCCCACGGCCGGAGGACAAUAUCAUUUUGUCGCCUACCUGCAGAAGAGAUCACUAGCCUUCAGUUGGUUUGCUGGUUACAUCACUACAUUAGGCUGGAUAUCCUUCGCCGGAAGCGCGCCUUUCAUUGCUGGAACCCAAAUACAGGGUCUCCUGGUGCUCAACUAUCCCGAUUCCUACACCUUCGAACGAUGGCACGGCACCCUGUUGUACUGGGCUGUUCUCGUGUGCUCCGCGUGUGUCUGCGUGUUCUGCAGCCGCAUCUUGCCGUUGCUUGAGAAAAUCACGAUGGGCCUUCAUAUUGGGUUCUUCGUCAUCAUCUUGAUCGCCAUGGUCGUCGUUGCCCCAGAGAAGCAUUCGGCAGCGUUCGUCUUUACUACAUUCGAAAACAACUCUGGCUGGUCGAAUGACGCGGUCGCUUGGUGCAUUGGCCUUUUGAGUUGCUGCUACGUCCUGGCUGGAUAUGACGGUGCGACUCAUCUCAGCGAAGAGAUGGACGAUGCGGCAGUUGGGGUUCCUCAUGCCAUGGUUGGCUCCGUCCUGAUCAAUGGGGUGCUCGGGUUCGCGUUCUUAAUUGCGUUGCUGUUUUGCAUGGGCGAUGUCGACUCUGCACUUGCCACCUCGACGGGUUUCCCCAUCAUCCAGAUCUUCUACAACAUCACCGGGAAUCUGGCCGCCACAAAUGCAAUGACGGCCGCCAUAACCAUCAUGGCAGCCAUAUCCACGGUGCCGCUGCUCACUUCGGCGGCUCGAAUGAUGUGGGCGUUUGCAAGUGACCAGGGACUUCCUUUCGCCAACGCCAUCUCCGAGAUCGAGAAAAAGCGCGGCAUCCCAACGAUGUCGAUUAUUGUUACAACCGGUCUACUUGUUUUCUUAGGGCUCAUCAAUAUUGCUUCAACGACAGGGUUCAACGCCAUUCUAUCGCUUGCCGUUAACGAACUUCCUCCGACGAAGUACAGCAUGAUUCAAUGUGUUUUGUUCAGACGUCAGCCGGCCGUCCUCGCCUGGCUUGCUCUGCUUCAGCGCCGCACCAGCGAUGAGGAAUAUCAGCGUCUGCGUGGCAAUGGUACCGGAAUCGUGUGGGAUUGUUCCAAGAACGUCCAGAAUUUCGAAAGCAAGUCCCAAUAUCAGCUGCGAAACUUCGUCGACUCCGGUGCAUUGCAUCAUCAACGCUGGUUCUGA